AUGCCAAGCUUACGUCAGGAGCGGGGCGACGGCUCCAAGGGGCUCCCAAAAUGUACCGACCUGGCAGCGGACAAGUGCAACGGCUUCUACGCGGCUCGGAAGCAACUCAGGCGCUUUCCAUUGACCGCAUGGAAAGUCGCAGAUCCGGACUAUCAGAACAAUGGUCUCGGCUAUGAGUGCGGCCUGAACGACGACCGCACCUGCGGUCGGAGGUCCACCUGCGGCGUGCAGAACCCCCCGGAGAGCUUAGGGGAGAAGCAGUGCCGCGCCCCGGAUGUGUACAAGGGCGGCGGCAACGGCACUUGCAAGACCGUGAUGACGCGCCCGGGCGCAGAGUGCAUCACGCAGUGCCUGCAAGGCUUCUCCCCCUCCGUGGAAAAGCUGAUGUGCCAGGAGGGCGGAACCUUUGAACCGAAGUCAUUUUCCUGCACCGCCAACCCUUGCACCGUGAAGAGCGUAGAGAACGCCUUGCUCAGCGGCUGCAAGGAGGGCCCGGAGAGCGGGGUCGCCGUGAUCGAGUCCGGGCUGACCUGCACCGUGCAGUGCCAGGAAGGCUUCUACAAGUCGGACGACGUGUUGCGCUGCUAUGCCGAGACGCUCACCCCACCGAGCUUUACCUGCGAAGCGCCCUGUCCGGUGCCAAAUGUGGAGAACGCGCCGGGCACCGGGGUCUGCAAGGAGGGCGGCGACAAGAUCCUGCCCUUCACGAGCUGUACCACGCAGUGCGCAGCAGGCUACACACCCUCGGUGGCGUCAAUGAGCUGCCGCGACGCGGUCUUUUCCCCGGCCUCGGUGGCAUGCACCCCGGACCCCUGCAGCGCGCCCACGGGGGUUGAGUUCGCCCACAAGAAAGGCCCGUGCCAGGAGGGCGAUGUCAUCACGUCAGGGACAUCUUGCACAGCUGCGUGCGCAGCGGGCUACACCCCAUCAGUUGCCUCGCUGGCGUGUGACGCGGCAACGCUGUCCCCAGCGACCUUCCUGUGCAUUCCGAAUCCUUGCGUGAUUCCUCAAAUCGAAUUCAGCGCUGGCAACGGAUGUUCUGGCAUCCGGGGCGCGAAGGUGGAGUCUGGCAAGGACUGCCGUGCAGCCUGCAAGCCCGGGUAUUCGCCCACCAAGAAGAAGCUGUCCUGCUAUGCGGAGACCUUGACACCCAGCACCUUUGAGUGCUUGCCGGAUCCGUGCCCCGUCCCCUUCGCCAAGAACCAGGAGGGCAGCGGCUGCAUCGGCGUGCCGGGGCGAGUGGAUGGGACCGUCAUCGAGUCCACAGACACAUGCCGCACCGAGUGCAAGGAGGGCUACCACGUGUCGGUGGAGAGCCUGAGCUGCCUCACAGGCACUCUCACGCCUGCCAGCUUCAGCUGCAUCGAAGACUCCUGCCCGGCCGUCGGGGGCAUCGCCAACGCGCCCAAGGUCACCUGUAAGGAGGGUGGCACCAUCGAAUCGCAGAAGACUUGCACCACGAAGUGCAAGGCAGGCUACAUGCCCAAUUAUGCCAGCCUGAGCUGCAAGCUGGGAAAGUUUUUCCCGCACACCUACAAGUGCGAGCCCAUUGGCUGCCCGCUGCCGCUGGUGAACAAUCGCCUGGGCAGCGGCUGCAGCGGCUUGCCCCACCCCGCGGUGGUGAACUCGGGUGCGAGCUGCGCGGCCCAGUGCCUCGCGGGCUACACACCCAGCAGCACCGAGCUGAAGUGCUUCGCGGGGACUAUGACACCGGCCACCUUUACGUGCUCCGAGAACCCCUGCGACGUGCCAACGGGCAUCCAGAACGGGGCCAGCGACAGCUGCAAGGAGGGCAAGACCAUCCAGUCCGGGGGCACCUGCACCACACAGUGCGCCGAUGGCUUUGCUCCCUCCGUCGCAGCUUUGAGCUGCAGCUUGGGCAAGAUGUCCCCACGGACCUUUUCCUGCGUGCCGGACCCCUGCGUGCUGCCACAGGUGACAGACAGGCAGGGCAACGGGUGCAAGGGCAAGAGGGGCACCAGCAUCGCCAGCGGCACCACUUGUUACCCCGAGUGCAAAGCCGGCUUCAGCCCCUCCGAGUCCAGUUUGAAGUGCACCGCGGCCACACUGACGCCCAGCACCUUCAAGUGCAACCCCAACGCCUGCGCCCUGCCCUCCGUGAACAAGGCCCAGGGCAACGGCUGCAGUGGCGUCAGCGGCGGGAUGAUCGACUCGGGGUCCAAGUGCCAGGCGGCGUGCCAAAGCGGGUACACGGCGUCCGUGGGGUCGCUGAGCUGCUACGCCUCCGUGCUGACCCCGGAGACCUUCACCUGCCGGCCCAAGGGCUGCUCGCUGCCCACUGUCCAGUUCCAGGCGGGCAACGGCUGCCAGGGCGUCACCGGCUCCAGCAUCUCCUCGGGCACCACUUGCCAGACCGAGUGCAGUUCAGGCUACACGCCAGAUGUGGCAUUGCUGAGCUGCUUUGCGGAGGUUUUGACCCCGAGCACUUUCAGCUGCGUGCCAACCCCCUGCAACUUGCCCACUGUGGCCAACGCGUGCCUUGGGCCGAAUUCGGAUCGAUCCCUUGGGGCCGGAGUCGGUUUUCGGUUUUCCUAG